AUGGAAUAUUUUCUUGAUAACCUUAUAGUAGAAUCACCGUUUCCACUUAAUGCAUCUGAUUUUUACAUUAAUUUUAGGAUUAUUGGGGUUCUUAAGUAUAAUAAACCUAGAUACAAUAAAGAAAGUAAAGGGACGAAAGGGACUAAGGGAAGAAAUGUUCUACUUGCUCCUCCAACUAAACCAUUUAAAGAUGUUUACGAACUUGCAAAAAUAUCUCGUGGUCUAUCAUCAAUGAUCACUUAUCGUGAUAGACUUAGAGAUGUUUUAUUAGAAGUUGUACCAGUACAAUGGAAUAAAAAAUUUGGUGCAGAUGGAAUUAAUUCUCCAACAACAUUAGUUUAUUCUUAUCCCUCCGAACUGGAUAAUGUUGAAUCUGAAAAAGUUAAAGUUGAUGAUAAUGAUCCUGCAUCAGUCAUCAAACAUGUUAAACGAUUAAUUCGAACAUUAAGACCAGAUUGUGAAUUGACUAAUUUAUUGUUAGAAUUAUGGGAUUUGGCACCUAAAACAAUUCCAAAUGAUCCUCCAUUUAAAACUUAUAAUUCUAUACAGCGAAGAAUGAUGCGAAAUAUUGAUCCAAUGUCUAUCAAAUCAUGGUCAAGUAAUCGAGUUGUAUUAUUAGGAGAUGCUGCUUAUGCUAUGAGUCCUAUAUUAGGAUUAGGAGCAAAUAAUGCUAUUCAAGAUGCUGAUAAACUUUCUCAAGCAUUACUUAGAUAUACUGAUGAUAAUACUUCUUUUAUUGAAGAAUAUGAAAAAGAAAAACGAACAUCUGCUGAUCACAGCUGAUGUAUUAAAAUCUAGAAAUGUCACGUUUAAGACUUCCACACCACUUGGCCUUUUGGCGUUAUUAUUAGAGACAACAUUUUAAAGUUUAUAAACGUUAUGAUAAACUUUUAUAGUUUUGCGGAUAAUUUAAUUUUCAAGAAUUAAAAAACUAUUAAUAUUAUUAUUUUUAGAAUCUUAGAAUCAUA